UUGGUUUCAGCCAAUCAGCAGCAGCUUCAAAGCUGUCGCCUUCCGGAGUCGGACAAAAGCAGUUAGCCGAGUGCACACCAUUCCGUGGAUAUUUACGUGGUCUUUGCUCAGAAUCUGCGCAAAGAACCUAAAUUAAUCUAAAUGAAAAUAUCUUUUUCUCUGUGAAGCGUUUUCAAUAUACUUGCAAAGUGGAAGUUGGUGACGCCACGACCAUGGUCUCCAGUGAGUACAAACUGAACCAGGUGCCAGAAGAUGGCAUCACCGCCGUCAAGUUCAGCCCCAGCAACGGAAACUUCCUGCUGGUGUCCUCCUGGGACUGCACGGUCCGAUUGUAUGACGUGGUGGCCAACAACAUGCGCAUGAAGUACCAACACACUGCGCCUGUUCUAGAUUGUGCUUUUUAUGACCCGACGCAUGCUUGGAGUGGAGAUUUGGAUACUAAUUUAAAAAUGCACGACUUGAACACAGACCAAGACACCAUAGUGGGAAAGCACGAUGCCCCCAUUCGCUGUGUCGAACACUGCCCGGAGGUGAACGUCAUGGUGACGGGCAGCUGGGAUCGGUCAGUCCGACUCUGGGAUCCGAGAGCCCCCUGCAACGCCGGCACCUUCACGCAACCCGAGAGGGUGUACACCAUGUCUGUGGCGGGCGACCGGCUGAUCGUCGGCACGGCAGGCAGACGCGUGCUGGUGUGGGACUUGAGGAAUAUGGGCUACGUGCAGCAGAGGAGAGAGUCCAGUCUCAAGUUUCAGACCCGCUGCAUCCGAGCCUUCCCAAACAAACAGGGCUACGUCUUGAGCUCCAUCGAGGGUCGUGUGGCCGUGGAGUACCUGGACCCUAAUCCGGAAGUCCAGAAGAAGAAGUAUGCCUUCAAGUGCCACCGACUGAAGGACGGCGUGGAGCAAGUCUACCCCGUCAAUGCCAUCUCCUUUCACAGCGUGCACAACACCUUUGCGACAGGCGGUUCUGAUGGCUUCGUCAACAUUUGGGACCCGUUCAACAAGAAGCGCCUGUGCCAGUUCCACCACUACCCGACCAGCAUCGCGUCGCUGGCCUUCAGCAGCGACGGCGGCCUGAUCGCCAUCGCCGCGUCCUACAUGCACGAGAUGGGCGACGUGGUCCAUCCGGAAGACGCAGUCUUCAUCCGCCACGUCACCGACGCCGAGACCAAGCCCAAGUGAGCUACCCUGAUCUUUGCCUCUCCACUUUUCAACAUCCAAUAUCAACAUUUGGUUGCCUCCAUUUCUUUCUUUUUUUUUUUUUUUUUUUUUGAAGCCUUUAUCUACUGGCAUCCAGUGUAACUUUUAUUGAAAGUUGUAUUUCUGUCACUGUUGUUGGGCUUCUUCUGCUGUGCGCAUCUGUUUUUGUCUGUAAUGCCUUCGUUUCUUUAAUAAAUAAAAAAACAUUGCUCAUUUUUA